GAUCGCCUGAAAAUCUAUAGUUCACGUAACAUAUAUUAUAGAUUUUCAAGUGACUAUGCACUCUAUGCGUGAAAAGGGACGCAACCAUAGAAAAGAUCUAUGGCAAUAAACGUGUCAUGAAUUUGCACUUAACAUAUUAGAAACUAGCUCUGUGCAUACAUGAAUCAGCUAAUAAAUCGCGUUGUGUCAGUUAAUGGACAGCGAUUGACAUUCAAUUGUUUUGCACGAAGGUUUCAUAUAUCAUCGCAAAAAAUGGUUAUUGCUGUUGGAGAUAAAUUACCCAAUGUGGAUCUCUUUGAAAAUACACCAACAGACAAGGUGAAUCUAGCGCAAAUUGCAUCUGGGAAGAAAAUCAUUAUAUUUGGUGUACCAGGUGCAUUCACACCUGGCUGUUCAAAAACCCAUCUUCCUGGUUACAUUUCAAAAGCUGAUGAAUUAAAAUCUAAAGGAAUUUCAGAAAUCUUUUGUAUUAGUGUUAAUGAUCCGUUUGUUAUGGCAGCUUGGGGAAAAGAACAUAAUGCAACAGGAAAGGUACGAAUGUUAGCUGAUCCUAAAGGAGAUUUUACAAAUGCUGCAGAUCUUAUUGUAGAUCUGCAAAUUUUAGGAGGUAAACGCAGCAAACGUUACUCUAUGGUUGUUGAGAAUGGAACUAUAAAAGAACUCAAUAUUGAACCAGAUAAUACUGGUUUGUCCUGCUCCCUGGCAGAUCGCAUAAAAGUUUAAAACAUGUUAUCUUAAUAUUUUUUUCUUCCAAUUAUUUUCACUUUUCAUUCAUUAAUAUUUAUAUUAUUAAUAUUAUAUCUGAUCAACUGUAUCUUUAUUAUGAAAAAACUAUUGUGUGAUAUUGUUAUUUUUAUUUUAAAUUCUAGAAUACAUUUCUACGAUUGUUUUAUGUAAUACAAAUUAAAACAUGAGAUACUAAGAAUUACUUCAAAAAAAUUUUACAAAAAUAGUUAAGUUUAUGUUUUCAUAACAUACAAAAAUAUUUUUUUAAUUAAAAAGCUCUUAUUUUCAGAUUGUCAUGAUUGAAAUAUGACAUCAAAAGUAUAAAAUAAUUAAAUUUUUUUCUUGCAAAAUAUGUUAAAAUAUUUCUUGCAUUCAAUAAUAUUAGAUGGCGUAAAAUGGUAAAAUAUAUACACAUACUUAUAAUAUCUUGUAUUAGUAAAUAAAAAAAAAAAAUGUAUAUCUUAGCUAUGUUU